CGUUCAACGUGUCGCGACUCCUCCCGCCCUUCCCGUUCGCGCCCCACAACACCAUCGACUUCCCCCUGUCCUUCUCCAUCUCGGUUGAGAACGGGAAGACCGCCCGGGCCUUCGUCUGCCCCGUUGCCGACAACGGGGACCAGCAGAUGCGCGAGUUUGUCGGGCGAGGUACACCAAUCCACUACGUCAACACGAACACCAAUCCACUCUUUGUGGCCUGCCAACACCCUGAGCACCGGGAGGCAUGCCAACUCAGCCGAAGGCCCUCGGCGAAAGGUUGCGAGCUGUAAGGCAACGCGAUCCAUCCCAGCUCCGCUCUUCGUUCGGCUUUUCCUCCUCGCGUUUCGCUGCUUUGGUUGGUUCUCGCUUGCAAGGUCUUUGCGUCGUCUCAUUUGGUUGGACCUGUUGCCUGCGUGGGAUGAUGGAGGCUCACGUGGCACCUGCGAAGAUCGACGGCGGCCGUGUUGUCAUCGACGGAACGGACUGGACCGCCACCGCGUCGCUCAACGUGUCCAAUCUGGUCACGAACCGCCCAUUCGUCGGCGUGCCCGGCGUCAGCACGCUCCCCGACUUCAUCUAUGUCAAUACGAACUCCAAUCCACUCCCACUGAGUCUCCAGGGCGCACAAGUGUCGAAGUCCGAGGAGUUCGGGUCGUUGCUGUUCAUCCCAUCGGCCAGCGUCGCUGCCGCGCUUCCUGUGGUACGUACGAAUGAAACACGCCUUCUUGGGGUCGUGGGUGGGUGGGUGAGUGGGUGCGUGGCUCACGAAUGCGUGUCUCUGGCGGUUUGUGUGCAGGGCGCGCAGAAAGCCAACCUGACGCUCGUUCAACUCGACGCCAAGUCGCAGCUCAGGUGCGACAAGCUUGCUACACUCACUGCACAGAAACGUCUAUGACUCUGUACCUACACAUACAUGCCGUGUCUCUUCUUCUGCAGGGUCAAGACGCAGGGCAACACUUCCGUGUUCUGCGUGUCGAGGUACCUGGGCCCCCACCGGUUUGACCGUUUGGGUGUCAUCGACUUCCCCUGCUCGUUCGCCAUCGCACUCGGGCCAAACGACUCGGCCAAGGGGUUCCUGUACCCCGACGAACUCCCGAGGGUCGAAAUCACCGACUUCUUCGACCGCUCGACUCGCCACGCGGGGCUGCCAGACCUGCCUCGCCGUCGUCAUCAAAUCCGCCCCCUCCACCCCUCCCUCACCAGACAGUGCAGCGGCUGCUGCUGCGUCGGCGGCAGGCGAUGGCGGCCAGGAGAGCGAGAGUUCCGACGAGAACGGAGACGAGGGUGAGAAGGGGAGUGAGGACUCUCACACUGAGGAGGAAGGCGAGGAGGGGAGUGAGGACGAUGCCGACGACGAGAGCAGCGAGGCCGACACCUCGGGUCAAUUGGACGACGAAACCGAGCCCGCGUCUGGCGGAGGCUAUCUCAGAAUGCGCCGACUCAGCGGAGGUACGAGAGGCACAUACGUGUGGUCACGUACUCAUGCACACGUGUCUCGGGCGGCUCGGUGUGUGUAUGUUGUGUGUGCAGGACAAGUAUGUGAGGGACGGCCACAGCCUCAUGCUCAAGUGCAAGGGCCGGUCCGACCGAAUGAGCUCUCACCCACACGCCAUUACCAAAAUCAAGAUGGUCCACAAGGACGUCAAGAAGCACCUCGGGUGAGACAAGCCAGGCGCACACAGCACUGCGAACGCUUGACAGAAAAGCUUCUGGGUGUGCUUGCAGUGUGUGUGUGUUGGGCGCCGAGUCGGUGUUCCGGGUGUCCCGCUACAUGCUGUUCCCCUUCCGCCGCAACCAUGACCAGCAAUGCCAGCCGCGCAUCCGCUGCAAGAUGGAGUUCAGCAUCGCCCUCGCCCACGACACGGUCGCGCGGGCGGUCGUUGUGCACAACAAGACGUACGAGCGCACCAAGGUGACAACAUUCUUCGACCCCGCAGCGUGCCGCGCCACGCUCGAAGACCUCCCUUCAGAGGAUCGCAUCAGGAUUACCAUCUGCCCCUCCCCCUCCCCCUCCCCAUCCCUCCAUCGGCAUCGGCGUCUGUGUCUGCGUCUGCGUCAGCAUCGUCCUCGGCGUCCGCGUGUGUGUCUGCCUCUGAUGGCCGCGACAUGCGACAAGGCUGACGCAGCCGCCGCUGGUGCUGCUGGUGUGGGGGGGCAUGCGGCGCGUGCGGGGGCGCCUGAGGGCGCCGAUGAGGCGUCGUCGUGUCGUGCUGAGGUGCCUGAGGGGUGCGGGGCUGGCGGGGCUGCGAGCGAGGGCAAUGAUGAAUGGGUGGACCAUGGCAAGGACGACCAUGACAAGGACCGCCACCAGCCGCCCAUCGAUUUCAAGAUGGAACUCGGAGGAGACGAGGAGGGAGCAGAGGGGGCGAGAGUGGCGGUAGCGUGAGGUAUCUUGGCGGUCCAAUUGACGUCGCAUCUCUCUUAUGACGUGGUGUGUAUGUUUUGUCUCAGGUGUCUCGAUCUGAUUGCUGCCUGCAUUUUAUAUUCCCUGGCCGGUCUUUAUCGUCGCGCUGCUCAUGGACAGAGAGAGAGAU